GCCAUCUUGGAGGCGGAGGAGGCUGCUCUGGGCGCCAGCUCUGGACCGGGGGCAGCCUGGGCGUUCUGCUGGCAUCGCCGCUCUGCCCCUGAGCCUUCUCUCGCUUCCCGGUUGGUGCCCCCACCCGCCUCUGGCCGCCCCUGCCCCAGCCGCGCCGUCUGGACCCCAGUAUAUGACAAAACAAAAUGAUGGAAGAGAGUGGAAUAGAGACAACGCCACCUGGAACUCCUCCACCAACUGCUGCAGGAACAGUAAUAACAACAUCUACUACUCCUGUACCUCUAGCUUCUUCGAUGUCAUUUUCUUCUACUAAUACACCUUCAAUGCAGUCCUUACCACCACAAACAUUCUCUACACCUGUGCCAUUACUUGCUUCCAUGAAGAGUUCAGCUUCUUUGCCUUUUGUACCAUCUUCACCAGUUUCUGCUAUCUCACCUUCUGUUUCUGCUGCCCCACUUCCUGUUUCUUCAGUUGUCCCACCUCCCAUUUCCCCAUCAACUGCUACAGCUUUCAGUAGUAAUGCUCCUCCCCAGUUUCCAUAUUUUCCUUCAAGCACUGCUUCGAGCACUGUUAUUUCACCUCCUCCUACGGGUCCUCCUAUAUCAGGAUUUUCUGUUGAUUCAGUCUAUGACAUCACAAGGGGUCAUGCAGGAAGAACUCCCCAAACACCUUUGAUGCCAUCAUUUUCUGCACCUGCUGUUACAGGUAUGUUGCCACCUCCUAUUUCUCAACAAGCCAGUUUGACACCUAUGCCACAGGGAACUGGAAGUGGUUCAGCUAUAACUUUCCCAGAGGAACAUGAAGACCCUAGACUGACUAGGGUUCAGAAUGAAUCAUCUGCUGGUGGUAUCUGGGGGUUUAUUAAGGGUGUAGCUGGAAAUCCUAUGGUGAAAUCAGUGCUUGAUAAAACUAAACACUCAGUAGAAAGCAUGAUUACUACGCUGGACCCAGGCAUGGCUCCGUAUAUCAAAUCUGCAGGCGAACUAGAUAUUGUGGUAACCUCAAAUAAAGAGGUGAAAAUUGCUGCUGUCCGAGAUGCCUUCCAGGAAGUCUUUGGUUUAGCUGUAGUUACGGGAGAAGCUGGCCAGUCCAACAUUGCACCACAACCAGUAGGCUAUGCAGCUGGAUUAAAAGGGGCCCAAGAGCGUAUAGACAACUUACGUCGAACUGGUGUGAUUCAUGAAAAACAACCUGCUGUGUCUGUAGAAAACUUCAUUGCUGAAUUGCUACCUGACAAGUGGUUUGACAUUGGCUGUUUGAUAGUUGACGAUCCUGUCCAUGGUAUUCACCUAGAAACAUUUACACAAGCUACACCAGUGCCUUUGGAAUAUGUACAACAGGCUCAAAAUCUCACUCCCCAGGACUAUAAUUUAAAGUGGUCAGGCCUUUUGGUAACUGUGGGUGAAGUGCUUGAGAAGAACUUGGUACAUGUCAGCCGGACUGAUUGGCAUGUUGCUUUCACUGGCAUGUCUCGACGACAAAUGAUCUACAGUGCUGCCAAAGCUAUAGCAGGCAUGUAUAAACAACACUUGCCACCCAGGACCACUUGAGAGAAGAUUGUCUGGGAUACAGAGACUUUUUCUAUAGCUCAAUAUCAAAGAAGAGAUCCUGUCUUCUGAUUGAACAGUUUCAAUGACUUCUGCAGGUUUUCUAAUUUACCAAGUAGAAAAAGAACAAAUGUAAUUUUAUUAUAUAAUUAACUUCAAAUAUCAUAGUUCUCAGAAAUGAGCAUCUACAGCAUUUAUAACAGUUUGAUAGCACUAAAUUUGUAAAAGAAUUUGUUUGCUGAGACAUUUAAUGUACUUGUUUAAAUUGGGUGUUUUUUUUUUAAAGAGGGUAUAGCCAGUUGAUAAAUAGUGCUAUAAAGUCCCUCCCCACUCUAAAUCUAAGCUUACUAUUAUCCGUAGUGUUGCUUAUUUCUCAUUUCACUUCAGAAUGAAACCUUUUCCCCAUAGCUUUUAAAAAUCUGAUUUGCAUAUAAUCUCAGGACUGAUGCUCAAUGGCUCCUCAUUAGACUACCAUAAGAUCCAUGAAAAUGGCAUUUUCAUGAACGUUUGAUAAAAUAUCAGGUGGUUUUUGUGCUGAUAGUGAUUCCCAUAGCCAUGUGCUACAUAGCUAUGACAUAUCAUAAAUUGUCCCUUGAACAUCAAGGUGCUGUUUUUUAUUUUUCAGUCUUUGUUUUCUUAGUAUCUGAAAACAGUGGCUUCCCUGUCAUUCAGAAACGUGUCUGGAAUCAUCUUGCACAGCACUAUAGGGGACCGUUCUGUUCCUUCCUGUGCAAAUAUAUGGCAAUCAUUUUUGUGCUCUCUUUCUUUGCUUCCACUUCCUUACACCUUCCAUUCUACAAUAAAGUAUUUAAUGAUCAGGGAAUAUUUUACUGUUAGAGGAUGGGUGUUUGUGUUUUUAAAAGUAAUUACAGUACUUUUUGGUUUUUCUAUAAAACACUACCUUUUCAGCUCAUGCCAUUCUGCCUUUACUUUUUUAGACACUUUCAGAAGAUCCUUUUUAUACUAUAUGCAAUUUGUUAGUUCAUUAUAUUUGUACACGGUGAUAAUUUAUCCUUUUCCCAAAUAAUCUAUUUUGCUGACAUUGGCCAACAAUAAACAAAAAUUAAAUAAAUGAAUUUUUAUGAUAA